GGUCCUAUAUGUCAUUCUACAAGCUUAAAUAAAAACUAGUCUACUUUUAAUAUUUGUUGGGUACACGUCAAGAAAAAGACCCCAUGACUGAAACCAAUCAUACAUAAGAUUCUCCAUCUAAAAAAUAAACUUUAAUUUUUUAAAAAGAUAAUUUUUAUAUCAAUAAAGAAAAGACCGUAAGGAGAAAAAAAAUCUUCCCGACGAAAUAAAUAUGAAAUGACAAUUUUUUAUAUUUGAAAAUAACUCCUAUAGUUAAAUUUCCACAUUUAUGGUGUACUGUUUUAUAAAACUUUAUAGGCAUAAAAAAAACCCAAACGAUCAUCACAAAUUAUUUAUUAAAUUCAGAAAAAAUGAACUGAGAGUGAAAUGGCAUCUGUAUAUUGAGAUAACGCCUUUAUCCAAAAUGAUUCAUCAUUUAUUAUGAAUGAAAGACUUCGUACCACUCUCAAUCACCUCAUGCUUUGCCUUUAAUUUAGAUGAGCGGAUCUAUGAUCCGUAUUUAGUAGAUCAGGUCUUGAUCCAUUAUAAUAAUGAUUGGAGAUUUUAUAAUAUCCACUUGCUAAAUAGAUGGAGAUCAUUGAAUCUCUCAAAUCCUUGUCUCUGAUUCAAGAGCGGACCAACAUAGAUCGGGACCAAAGGAUCUCGUCUGAAUUCAGAUCUAACCAUUGCCCUGGGCCAUUUCGAUACCCAUUGUUGAUAAGGUUGUUCGAAGUCGUUCAAUUCCGUUAUGUACAAAUGGAGCAUGAGGAGGUUCGACCUAAUAAAAUUUCCAUGAAUGUACAUUAAAAUCUAGGUUGACCUUGCGAUCGUCUGGAUUCUAACAUUUAAGUGAGUCACAAUGACCUUGCACCAAGUUGACUCUGCACCAUUUAAGUUAGUCAUUGAAUUAGGUCACGGCUCAGCUCAACUAGCCGUUACAGAGGUGUCCCCACCGGUCGCACUCUUCGUUUUAAAGGGGAAAACAAGGAGCUUUCCUCUUUUAUUUUUUUCCCCAAGCAAACCCUAGGAAUCGCCCUCACGGCGGACGACAAGGGAUUGACUGGCGAGUCCAAGAAUGCUUUUCUUUCUGUCCUCAAGAAAGGUGGCAGCAUCCUGCACAUCUUCCUCAGCCUCCCCGUCCCUCCGGUGCCAACAUCUGCUGCCGGAGGCAACGCCAGCCCUCGAAGACCGUUCGAUCCUCUUCGGUCGGCACCCCAAUUGUCAUGUCGUGCCUGGAUCACCCCAGCAUCAGCCGCUUCCACCUCGAUCGCCGUUCGCCUCGCUCCCUCGAAGCAGAAGUUCAUGGGACAUGGAUUUCGGGAGCAAGGAUUCUGCCGAACGUUACUGUGGACAUGGUGGACGGAUUUACAGGCUUCCGUGGCUCUCUACUAGCAGGGCGAUGGAGAUGGAGAACCCGUUGGAACCCGUUGCAGAAGACAAAGAAGAAACUUCUCAUCAGGAUGACCGUGCGGAUGUAGUAGCAGGCGGUCGUGAUAAAUUGCCCAAUGCGAUCCCUUUGGUGCUGCCUUUGCCGGAAUUUUUAAGUUCAUGCCCUUUGCCACCCGGAAUCCGGCAGCAGAGCCCGGAGAGGAAGGAGAAGGAAGUAGAGAAAUCAAACUUUCUUUCUGAUGUGCCAACGAAAAUUUUGAAUUCUUCGCCUCUGCCAUCAGUAACGGAGCACCAAGGUGCUUCAAAUGAUUCAGAAAUCGGAAGUGAAGAACUCAAGCUGUCUUUCUGUUGUGCCAAUGCGAAUUUCAAACUCCUUGACUGUGCGACUAGAAAUGAAACAGCAGAGCCAUGAGUUGAAGUGUCAGAAGAAGUGAGAUCAGGCUUCCUUUCUGCUGCGCCAAUGGAAAUUUAAAACUCAUCGCGUCUGCCACCAGAAAGGGAGAAUGAGUCAGAAGUUGAAAACUCAAUCUUCCAUUCUGCUGCACCAUCUUGGACACCAACUGUGGUGGUGGACUCGAACGAAAGCUCGAACAUAACACCCCAGGAAAUGGAACAUCAGAGUUCGGCAAGGAAGGAGUCAGAAAUUGAGAAUUCAAGCUUCCAUUAUGCUGUGCACCAACGCUGGAAUCCAUUUCAUCUUUUAUGUCAACUGUGGUAAUGGACUCGAGUAAAAUUUUAAACUUAUCACCUCUGCAAUAGGACAUGGAGCAUCAGAGCCCACCGAGGAAGGAGUCAGAAGUUGAAAACUCAAGCUUCCAUUCUGCUUCUGCUGCACCAUCGAGGAAUCUAUUGAAUCUUUGAUGCCAACUAUGGUAAUGAACUCGAGUGAAAUUUUGAACUCAUCACCCCUGCUAGAGAACAUGGAGCAUCAAAGUCUGUCGAGGAAGGAGUCAGAUGUUGAAAACUCAAGCAUCCAUUCUGCUGCACCGACGGUGGAAUAUAUUGGGUCAUUGUUGUCAAGUGUAGUAGUGGAGUCACUUGAAAUUUUGAACUCAUCAUCUUAGCGACAAAAAAUGGAGCAUUGGAAGACGGGCACGGAAGGAGUUAGAAGUUGAUAACUCAAGCUUCCAUUCCGCUGCACCAAUGGCGGAAUCUAUUGGAUCUUUGAUGCUAACUACGGAAGGGGAUUUGAACCCUCAUGUUUUAUCUGUCAUCCGAGCCUGAGUAUCCGACCCUAUUAGAUAUUACGGCCAAAAAAAAGGAACAAAAAGGUUUUGCUGCUUUCUUUUUUUGCAAUAGAACAUCCAAACUGUAGAGGAUUUGGUUCAUGAAUCAGAAGGGCUGUUCAAUUUUAUAAUCGUCCUUCAAGCAUGAAGAACGAGAUCGAUAAGGAAUCAUUGUAACUCUUCAAAUUGAGAAAAUUUAUUUUUCUCUUGCAAAGAAAGCAGCAGAACCUCUUAUUCUUUGUUUUUUUUUUUACGUAUUAUAUAAUGGAGCAAACAUGGGAUAAGUGGGCAGUUUUGGGGUAACUGCCCACAUCUCCCACUACCAACAAGGAGAGCACCAUCGAGCCUCUUAUCAAGGAGGAGCAAGUUGAAAUUGAAAGGCUUCCUUCGCCUUGACAUAGAGGCAAGGAGACAGUUCGUUAGCAAACCAAAAGUGAGGAUGAGCCUUGUAGCAACAAUGUGGUUGCCAAGGGGCAAGUCAAAAAAGAAUUUUUUGAUUCAUAUUAGGAGAAUGUCCCAAUGUCAUCUAGGCAGCAGACUAAGAGGAGCUCUAUAAUUCUGCAUCAAUCCUAGGGUGAACAUUGUAGUGGAUGCACAUUAAUGUUUCCUAGAAGAAUCAAGAAGGUCCUUACUGCUAUUAGAAGGAUUAAAAGGAUAAGAAAAGUGGGCAAAGCAUCUGAGUCUGUUGAAGGAUUGAAGCUGAUAUUACUCUACAAUUCCCAGUAUAUUCCCAAAUCAACUCUUACAAGUAAUUAAGUAAAGAAAUGCAUUGAGUUCGAUUUCCUUUUGCAACAAUGUUUCUUUCAAUUACUGUCUAAGGUGUUUCAAUUAUCUGAGUGACAACCAUCAUUAUUCAUUUUGAAGGAAGUAAUUACAAUAGUA